AUGACUGACGUCGAGAGCGUUGACAACGACGUAGUCGUGGAGGAGAAAACCGUUUUCGAUCACACCACGGCCAUACAGAAGGUAAGAAGAGGAGAAGAAGCAAAAAAGCCAGAGAUUGAGAAGAACAAGUAUUGUAUUGAUAUGGGGCUGCUUCCGCGGAGAUAUUAUGCGGAGGUUUUGAAGAACGCCCUGGUGCACGAUGGGCUGAAAAUAGGAAUCAGAGAAGUCAUCAAAUCCAUCGAGUCCAAGGAGGCCAAGGCAUGCUUCCUGUCAGACGUCUGUUCCGAGCCAGCAUACAAAAAAUUAAUCACAGCUUUGUGUACAGAAAAGAACAUCCCUCUCUUUAUGGUCGAAAAUGAUAGCAAGGAUUUAGGUCAGUGGGUUGGUUUGUUCAAAUUAGACAAGGAAGGGAAUGCCAGGAAGAUUAUUGGCGCGAGUUCCGUUUCGAUUAUUGACUUUGGCGAAGAAUCACCUGAGCGAGAUUAUUUAAUGAAACAGAACCAACAACCCGCCGCAGCUGCUUAA